AUGAAUGCAAAUUUGGAUGGCACGAAGAAGGCCAUAGAAAAGCUUGCGGAGAAGGAGACAGAGAUCUUCGAAGAAUUCAAGGCCUUCCUUGGCGACAACCACAAAUUUGGCGAAUUUUUAAACAAGGUCUUUAAAAAGAAGAUAAAACGGAAAACAAAGACCCAAAGAGCAGAUGGUGAGGAGGGCGAUGAAGAUGAAUCCUCCUCCUCGUCAGAGGACUCCGAAUGGGAUGAGUCAGACGAAGAGGAUGAGGAUGACAUGAUGGACCUGGAUAUGUGUCCUCCGGGCUGCGAGCAGGCGGACUACGAUGCCACAAUCGCCUUCCGUGAAAGGCGCCUAGAUGUGGAAGACGAUACCGCUGAACAAAAGAGGCUGUUGGAUGAACAGAAGAAAAAUGCGGAGACAUUGGCAAAGAAACAGCGCGGUGUAGAAUACGCAUUGGAGCAGGCGAUCAAAGACCUUCAAGCCUUCCAGAUUGAGAAACAGAGUAAACUUAACGUGCUCGAAAGGGUGGUUAUUCUGCGGUUGGACCAAAUCACUUUCUACCAGGAUAAGGGAUUGCCAUCAGACUUUGGAUCAGCGCUUAUAUUUGAAAGAGACAACAUUCACAACUUACGUCAUAGAAUUCAGGAACUCGAAGACGAAAAGAAGGGUCAGCGUAAGGCCAAGAAGGAUGCUAAGGCAAAGCAUAUUAUGCUUCAAAAACACAAAAAAAUAUUCCAGUUGGAAAUCGAAGAUAUGAUGAAGAAAUGUGACUUAAUGAUGAUUGACAAGUUCGGACGUGUGGAUAACUUGGAGAAGAUGGAGACAAUAAGGAUAAAUCCGAAGAUUGAAGAAAUCACUGCACGAGUGCUUUCCCUGCAGGCACACAUCAAAGCCGAAGAAGAGAAAGCAGAGGAUGAACUGAGGGAGGCCAGGGACUGUUAUAUUGCUGAAAUGAGAGAAAACACCAAACUCAUUUCAAAAACUGUGCUGCUGUUCCAUGAACUACAAAAGUUGCACAGUGUUCUUGACAAGCAGCAGAAAAAUAUGGGCAAAGGACGUCCUGCCGGACUAACGGAAAAGGCGGAAAUAACGAGCUUGCUUACAGUGGCGGCGUCUCAGGCAGAGGAGUUGAACAAGCUUACUGCUGAAAUAAGCAAUCUUUCCCGUAAAGCCGGAAAUGAAGCAGCCGCUCUAAUCAAGUCAAACAAUGCCGCAUUCAAUUCGUGA